AUGGCCGAAAACAUUGUCGAUUAUGAAAAUUUAAAAAUUUUGGGUGAUUCGUUUUUAAAAUUUUCCUGUUCGUUUUUUCUAUUCAAAACUUAUCCAUCUCUUCACGAAGGGAUUUUAACAAACGUCAAAGGGAAAUUAGUCGGAAAUAAAAAUCUAUUAGAUUGCGGCGUUGCCAAAAAUCUACCAAAUUUUAUUAACACGAAUGAUUUUUCACCUAAUUUCGAUUGGAAUCCACCUUUAUUCAGUACACCGGAAGUAUUAUUAAAUUAUAUCGUUUCAAAAAAUAUGGAUCCGUCAAUUAUAUCCCGUUUGGAAAUACCACAAAAAGAAUGUCUCACUGGUAUUUUAUCGGAGGAAACAAUCGAAUCCAAUAGAAAACUAAUAGACGAAGAAGGUGUAAAAAAACUGGGUUUGGUAAAGAGUCCAUUUUUAAAUACCGAAUUAAUGAGCGAUAAAACGAUAUCCGACGUUGUCGAAGCUCUCAUCGGAGUUUAUUUAUUGAACGGUGGAUUAGCGGGCGGUUUUAAAAUACUCAAUUGGUUUGGUAUUUUACCGGAGAGUAAUGGAACCUACGAAGAAAUAAUGAAAAAACCCGUUCGAGUUAACGAUGUAAAUGAUGAAGAGUCCGCCGUUAUGACGAUACUCGGUGACGUUUUUUACACGGAUCUGGAAGAAACUUUGGGAUACACUUUUAAAAGAAAGGAAUUAUUAUUGGAAGCCAUAACUCAUCCUUCGUACGUGAGAAAUCGAUUAACUCCCUGUUAUCAAAGACUCGAAUUUUUAGGGGAUGCAAUUUUAGAUUUUCUGGUGACUGUUUACAUUCAAGAAAAUUUCAAAGAUAUGAAUCCGGGAUUGAUAACGGAUAUACGUUCAGCUUUGGUUAACAAUUCGACUUUGGCUUGCCUUUCCGUUAAAUACGAUUUUCACAAAUAUUUAUUAUACACGAGUUCGCCAUUGAAUAAAUGCAUUGAAAAUUUUGUUAAAAUACAAAUAUCGAAUAAUCACGCGGUUAACGAACAAGCUUUAAUUACGUUGGAAGAAAAUGAUGCCAUCAUGGCUGAAUCAGUGACCGUGCCAAAAGCUCUCGGUGAUAUUUUCGAAUCACUCGCGGGCGCCAUUUUUAUCGAUAGCGAAAAUUCAUUAGAAACGGUUUGGAACGUUUUUUAUAAGAUAAUGAAAAAGGAAUUGGAUGAAUUCACGGUGAAUCCUCCGAAGACGGCCGUACGAGUUUUACACGAAAUAUGCGGUGAAAAACCAUUUUUCGAGACUACGGUUUAUGAAAAAGUUGUAUCCGUUAAAUGUUCAAUUUAUUAUAAGGAUGAGGAAAUUGUCGCUCACGGAUUUGGUGAUAAUAAAAAAGAUGCGAAAAAAAGUGCUUGCAAAAUGGCGUUGAAACAAAUUUUCGAUGGAAAUUAA